ACAGUGUGGUGAUAAUUUUAAAAGAGGAAAGGGCUUAAAUGAGUGAGGAGGAGACUCAGCUCCUCUCGGAGGUGAGGAGGACACGCCCUUAACUUUGGAGAGGGCGCAGUGGACACACGUGGUCCUCAUCAGCUGCUGAUUACUGCUCAGUGGGAGGGAGGUUGACUCAGAGCGACUUUUGUUCGUCAUACGUUUGUUUAUGUAUUUAUUUAGAAUAUAUCACUAGCUUUUGUUGCGUAAAUACACAGUGGUGCACAGCCCUGCCUGCGGUCUGCAGGAGAUAAGGAGACGGAGCAGGAAUCCACCUGCCGGAGAGCAGAGACGCACCUCGGCAUGGACGCGCUGAAAUCCGCCGGCAGAGCCAUCAUCAAAAGCCCGGGAGUGCCGCGGCACACAUGGGGAACUUCCAAACAUGAAAAGCUGCCAGAAAACUGGACUGACACCAAGGAGACUCUGCUGGAGGGGAUGGUGUUCAACGUGAAAUACCUCGGUAUGACACUGGUGGAACAACCUAAAGGAGAAGACAUGGCUUCAGCUGCCAUCCACAGAAUUGUCUGCACGGCCAGAGCCAGUGCUAAGAAAUUUCGAAAAGUAACUCUGACAGUUUCACCCAAAGGCAUCGUGCUCACAGACACAGAGACUUCAGAGCUCAUCGAGGACGUCUCCAUAUACAGAAUCUCCUACUGCACGGCUGAUAAAACUCAGGACAAGGUCUUUGCUUACGUCUCUCAGAGUCAGUUCAGUGAGACCUUGGAGUGCCACGCUUUCCUCUGCCAGAAGAGGAAAAUUGCUCAGGCAGUGACGUUGACAGUGGCUCAGGCCUUUAAAAUAGCACUGGAUCUUUGGGAAGUUGCUCAGGAAGGUAAAAACAAAAAGGCCAGGACCUGCUGUUCCUGUGCAGCCGCCAACACACAGACGGAGACGUCAGACACUCAGUGUGUUGCAGCAGCUAACAAUUCAAACCAUUACAUGAGCCUCAUUAGUCAUUCAGGGGAGCAGUGGAUGGCUGUGUUUUUCUCCAGUAGCUGUGACAUUUAAAAGCCAGAUUAUGCUCCCCUCCUCGGGGGGUGCAGUGGUUCAGACUUAGUCAUCCAUUCAGAUUGUUGUUACUUAAGGCCUGUACUUUUCUCGCCUCCUUUCAAUUAAAAUCUGUUCCACUCCCAGUGGUAGUGGCCUGAAGACAAGAAAAAAAGGGAUGUAAAAAAAACUGCAUCAUUGGGAGAAACUCAGUGAGUCGUAUUAAAGUUUUAAAGACAGGAUUUCAGUUCUGUCUGGUGCAGGAAAACAUGUGAAGACUGCUGGUCUGUGCUGCCAGCUGCACAAAGAAGAAGAAGAAGAAGAAGAAGAAGAGUGUGACACGUCUCCCUCCAGCCUUUCACUCACUAUAUGUCUGUUUUCAUAUUCUCUGGUCUUUUGUCCCUGUCUUUUCUACCGUCUCCCUCUGCCCCUGUCAACCCUGUCUUCUCCUCACACGUCUUCUCUGUCACUCAGAGACACAGCAGCCUGUUAGGUCGGAGGAGAAACUCCGGAGGCCGUUCUUCUCGGCCUCACUCAGCUCACCAUCGCCCCGCAGUAAUCCCACGAGGAGGCGACCAAUAAAACACGACU